CAAAACGAGACUGGCGCAGGGGAGUCGACAAAGCAUCUUCAUGUAGCAGCUGCGUUUUCCGAGGAAAAGAAACGGUCGGCAAUGUGUCAGGGAUGGAAGCAAACGGGAGCCACCAUACUGGCCUUGGCUCUGAUGAUAAGCCUGAGUGAGGCUCACGCAGGGGGUCAUGGUCAUGCACCGACUGCGAGUGGGGAGAGGGGAUCUGCCAACCAUUUCCACGAUCCACGAGUCGUCCAGGAUGCGCAGCAUAUCAAGGAGCACUACGAAGGGCUGACGGAUAUAAACGAAACGGCAUUGACACCAGAAGAAUUAGAAUUUCAUUAUUUUAAGCUCCAUGACUUUGACAACAAUAGCAGGUUGGACGGGCUGGAAAUUCUUUCUGCACUAACGCACUUUUCAGCUCGAGAAGAGAUGGAAAGAGAAAUCGAUGAACAAAAACGAGAGCUGCAUAAAAGACAAAAACCAGUGCCUGAUGACUACCUGCACUAUUACACAGAAAUAGUUGAUACUGUUCUGGAGGAAGACGACUUAGACAAUGAUGGCUAUCUCACCUACGCUGAAUACGUUUUUGCAAGACGGCGUGAGGAAGCGAAUGAAAGACGAGACAGAGAAAGAAGAGAAAAAGGUCCGCCCUAGCAGUAAAAGGCUCGAAGGGAAGCGAGGUCGAUAAUCAAGGAAACAGAAGUGAGGUUGAAAAAUUUUUUGAAACUGCAAAACAUGGGAUGUUUUAAAGUCACCGAUGAAUACAAUAGCGAGUUGCUAUAUAUAAGACGUGACAAACUUUCAAACUACAAAAAUCCUGUAAAAUGAUUAUUAAUGAGGAAGAUCUUGCUGGAGCUUGCAUUGUAAAAUGUUUCUAAUGAAAAUAAAACGCCACUGCUGUCGGAAAUGCGUUGGUCUAUAUCUUAUACAUAUCGAGAAAUUUUGUGAACUGUUUCAAUUUCCUUAUGUUGACGACUUACUGCAUCUUUCAGUCUAAAACUACUGCUUAAAUAGAUAUAUUCACACAAGGAGAG